CACGGCUGCCUGUCCAGGCUGAGCUGACAGCGCGGACGGGGCCUUCUGUCACCCACCUGACGAAGGCCCACCUGCUCCAAGACGGGCGGUGCCGCGGCCGCGGCCGCCGUCUACAGGCGCUCCUGCAGCAUCGACGCCACCUCCUCCCCUUGGACCAGCAGAACGGCACCAUGAAGUUCGAGUCCUGGACCCACGACAAGGCCAAGGUGGACCUGGUGAGCAUGCACGGCCACGUGGACGGACUGGGCUUCCGGGAGAGCGGCGAGUGGGUCAUCGUGGACGCCGUGGGCACCUACAGCACCAGGACGUACGAGGGCCGCGCCGAGGCGUACCCCGACACCUACGCCUUCGUCACCCGGCGCCCGCUCCUCCACAGGGUCAGCCUGCUCGUCUCCGGCCUGCUGCUCUCCCGCCUCGUCCUCCUGGUCUUCGGCCUGCCCGCCCAGGGCGGCAGGAAGGUCACGCUCUGCAUCUCCGUGCUGCUGGCGCUCACCGUCUUCCUGCUGCUCCUCACCGAGAGUCCGUCCACCUCGCUGGUCGUCCCGCUCACCGGCGAGUACCUGCUCUUCGCCAUGAUCUUCGCCACGCUCUCCGUCGUCGUCACCGUCCUCGUGCUCAACGUGCACCACCGCUCCCCGCGCCCACGCCGUGCCCGCCCGGCGCGCCGCGUCUUCCUGGACCCGGUGCCGCGGCUGCUCUUCAUGGAGCGGCCGCCCGCGGUCAGGGGCAGCUGCCGGCGGCUCGUCGAGUCCAUGCACGACAUGGCCGGUGCCCCUCGCUUCUGGCUGGAGCCUGAGGAGGAGCCCAGCUUUGUGAGCAGAGUCCAGAGCCAGGGCUCCCCGCCCACCUUGUCCUUCUGUGCCCCCCUGGACACGCCAGGCAAGCCCCAGCCGGCCUACGGGCCCUCAGACUGGGCGCCCGGUCUGCAGCCAGCAGAGGCCGAGAAAGCCAGCCCCUGCCCGUCGCCCAGCCCCUGCCGCCCCACCACCCGGGGGCUCGCCAAAGCCAGUCUCGAGCGCCCACCUGCGUCCAGCCCCAGCAAGGCCCCGGAGGGCGGCGUCCGGUGCCGGUCUCGAAGCAUCCAGUGCUGCGUCCCUCAGGCUCGGCCGCCUCCCAGCCGGUGGCCCGUGGCCAGCUCCCUUCACUCCUUGGCUUCCUGGGCUGAGCGCCCACCCCCAGAGCAGGCCUCUCCCUGCAGAUGUAGGUGCAGGCAGCCGUCCAGGGGGUCCUCCAGCACAGCGCUCAGGGCCUCAGGGCCCCAGCGCCGAAGCGCCGCCCCGCGGCCGCCCCUGCCGCGGGCGCUGACCCGGGCCGCUGUGGGAGUCCGCACAUCGCGGACCACCUGA